AUGUCCGCCCCAACAGUCGCUAUCGUGGGUCUUGGCGCCCUUGGCCUUGUAACACUGAAGAAUCUUCGAGAGGAAGGUUUCGAUGCGGUCGGAUUUGAUCGUAAUGACUACGUGGGAGGUCUGUGGCGUUUUGAUGAAGGCGAUAAGUUAACUGUGAUGAGAACAACAUUAUCCAAUGGCUCUAAGCAAAGAGGAUGCUUUACAGAUUUCCCCUUUCCCGAAGACAGUCCCGAUUUCAUCCCUGCGGAGGGCAUUAAUCAAUACCUUGAAGAUUAUGCCAAGCAUUUUGGACUUCUCAAGUAUUGUCGCCUUCGUACCAGCUUUCAUGGUGCUAGGUAUGACAAGAAAACGGAGAAAUGGCGCUUACACUUGUCCACACCUGAGUCCCCGGAGCCACAAGUGGAAUGGUUUGACAAGGUAGUCUUUGCCAUGGGAGCAGACCAGAUACCUUCGAGACCCAAGAUUGAGGGAAUUGAGAAGUUUAAAGGAUUUGUGGAACAUUCUAUGUCCUUCAAGGAUCCUGAGGUGCUUGCUGGGAAGAGAGUUAUGAUUCUGGGAUUUGGCAACACGGCAGCCGAUAUGGCCACUGAAUUGGCCCCUAUUGCUGACCAAGUCUACCUCGCGCAUCGUCAUGGCGCUAUCAUUGUCCCCCGAUGGGUCAACGGCAAGCCUGUAGAUCACGUACGAACCUACCGCAAGUAUGUGAUUCUGAACAUGAUGAACCGCUACACACCAGGUUUGUGGGAGAAGACAAUGAACAGCGUCAUUGGAAAGCUCGUCCAUAAAACCUUUGACCUCAAGCCAGAAUGGCGCUUUGACCCUGCCCCAUCCAUCACAAAUCAGCGUCCGCUUGUCAACGACGAUUUGAUCCCGUGUCUAGAGAAGGGUUCCAUCGUUAGCACGCAUGGACUUGCUCGCGUCAUUGAUGAAAAGACGGUCGAGACAAGCGAUGGAAAACAGUAUGAAGUAGACGCCAUUCUAUUCUGUACAGGUUUCACCGUCGACUACUCGGUCGCGGGUAUGGAUGCUGAUCCCUGCCGGGCCACAACCCUGGACUGGGAGAAGUCUCGGGGCUUCACAGGUCGCCCGCUGCCGAGGCUGUACCAGAACAUCUUCAGUCUCGAUCAUCCAAAGACUCUCGCUUUCAUUGGUCAUUUAUCUUUCAUGAACCCAGCCUUCUUCAUGUUUGAUCUGGCCAGCAUGGCAGUAGCGCAGCUCUGGAAAGAUCCCUCAGGUUUUCCAUCUCAAGCAGAUAUGGAGAAACAAGUGGACGAUCAGCACGCUUGGGUCAUCGAUCUCGCCAAGAAGGGUCCAGUCACACCUUCCAUCGUUAAGGCAUCCGAGUGGAUGGAAUGGGUUGACAAGGUGAUUGGUUCUGGCCUGCCAGAACAUCUCGGGUAUACCAUGGCGGGGUGGAACUUUUGGUGGCGCGAUCGCAAGUUUUGCAACAUGCUCAUGGAUGGCUUGCUCAGUCCUCAUGCCUAUCGCUUGUUUCCAGGUAAACGAAAGGCUUGGCCUGGGGCGAAGGACGCUAUCAUUGCCAUGAAUGUUGAUCGGGAAGAAAGAUUUGGGCCUAUGGAGUAA